UUCCUCCUUCUGGGGGGAGUGGAUUGGAGGAAGGGGCAGGGCUGUUGGGCGAAGCCGUCCUCAUCCUCCUCCCCUCCCGGCACAUCCCCUGAGGCUUCCACUGAGGUUGUCCUUCCAGAGGCCCUCAGGGGUCACGACCUACCUAGGCCUGUGACGGGAAUGCUCCGUAAUCAACUAACGCCUGGGUCGGUGGUCAACCUUACAGUUAAUGUCGGUGAAGUCAUAGAGAUAUCACUGGUUGGGAAUCCAUCAACCGGCUACACCUGGCAGGAUGCUGAUCACCCUGAGGCUGAGGGUAGUACCCAAGCUGAGGCUACUCAAGGCAGCAGUAACAACAUUGACGAUCCCUCAAGGGUCGUCGGAUUCCUAACCCAAGACUAUAAGGCGGAUCCUCAUCCUGAAGGGUUUGUGGGCAGCGGCGGCACUCAUCAUUUUUAUUAUCAAGCGCUAAACCCCGGAGACUGCCAAGCUAGAUUCGUUUAUACUCGUCCAUGGGAGCACGCCUCGGUUCGUGAGGAGGACUACACUAGGGCCAACUUGAGGGUAUCGGAUGACGCCGCAGAUGGAAGAGGCUCGCACUCAGUGUCAGCGGAAGGAGGGGAGGUCGAACUCUAAGGGGGGGAUAGUCUUACAGCCUGAGGAGGAGGAGGAAGAGGUGGCUUAGAGGAGGGAUGAGGAGAAGGUGACCAAAGGAAUAACACAGCCGGGAUAGCCGGCGACUUGUCGUCUUGUUUAUUUCCAUUUUUUCAGCAGAG